CCUUCAAAAAAUGUCAUAGUGUUUCGUCUUUACAAAUCCAAAUUUCACUUCCCAUCACUCUUUCAAAUCAGUCUGAGCUACCAAAACCAAAUAAUUUUCUAUUGAUUUUUGUAUGGUGUGUGAAAAGAUAAUAUUUUCACCAUGAAGCCAUUCUCGUUGACCACCUGCAUUCGCCAAAUUUGGAUCAUGUCCGGCUGGCUGCGCCAGGAGGCCGCAGUUGCUGCCUCUAUGUUGGUGUUGCAGCGCCACCAGGUGGAGCUAAAGGAUGAGGAGGCCGCGCUCAAGGAUGAAAAGCGGGCUUCGGCCGAUGGCGAUGAGCUGGGCCAGGUGGGAGUUGACUCGCAGGGACAGCUGCGCCGCGUGCGCAUUCUCGACGAUUACAUCAUGCCCUUCGAGUGCGGCCUCUAGUUUUACAUUAUAAAAAUUGUCUUAAGCUUGAGUUAAUGAUUACCGUUGUUCCCGCGGCUUUGAGUUGGAUCGAAGUGGAGUCGACCACCGAAAAUAGCCUAUCCAAAUUUUGGUCUGCACUGAAAAAUAUUUGAACCUUGGACUCAAUUAAAAGGAUAUUAGAAUCUUGAUUCAUAUUUAAUAGUCUAAUCAAACGUUGGAUGGAUGGAAGGAAGGAUAUAGGAAUCUAUAUUUGUUUUAGUUUAAUCACUUGAUUGUUUGGAAGACAUAAAAAAAUCUAAGAAAUGUGAAAAAUUAAUAAUUUGUGAAGUUAAUAUUAAAACAUUUGUUAUGCAACCCUCAA